AGACUGACUUUUUUUCUGUCUCUCUCUCUCUCUCUCUCGUGUGUGUGCGUGUGUGUAUCGGCGGCGUGUAUUCAACCCCCCUGGCGGUCACUACGUCGUAGUACAUUUCGGCUCUCGUCGUCGUGUGUAUGUGGUUGGAGACGUUUUGAACUACAGACUACUGCCGAGUGUUGCCCGCGCACAUAGCGUCUGCUUUUUUCCCUCCCCCCUUUUUCGUUUUGCUCACCCCUCGUACACACAACCCUCUACUUUGCACAACUCUACAAAAUCUGUGUCGUCGUCGUGUUUAGACUCGAAGAAGAAUCGUUUUUGCUGUGAAUUUGAAACAACAUUUUGAACCACGUUUUUGGCCGUCGUGUGUACCAAGAAAAUGUACGAUUACACACACGAAACGAUUGGAAGAAGAAGAAGGGAGACGCUAUGGAAGAGGACGCGAAUGUACACCAUUGGGGUGAAACCCACAACUUUUGGACGAGGGGGAGUUCAAGACCGGAAGCGCGUCCCGUCCCCCCCUCGUGUACGUGUGUGUUGAAGAGCCAUCUGCUCCUCUUUUCGUUAGGAUGAGGCUUUUCCCACCCCUGCACACACACACACGUUCAGCUGCCAUGUUGGUUUCGUCGUCGUUGUAGGCCUUUGGGGUACGUCGUCGUCGUCGUAGGAAUGGCUCGUUGCACCCAACCCCCCUCCUGGUGGCGCUACUUGAUUGACUGGACUUAGUGUACCCCGCCCGACGCCUCCCAACCUUUUUUAAUGAUGGGAGUUGGUGGCGCGUGUGAUUUUGGAAACGCUGCGUUCGAUUCCUGUUCCCGAUGUUCAUCAUGACCUACGUCGAGUGUUGGCCAUCAUCUCACGCCUGGGCGAAGACACAGAGCCUUCAGUCCGGGCUGAGCUGAUGGAGCAGGUGCCCCACGUGGCCAUGUAUUGCCACGAGGAAAAAGAUGAACAUCAAUGGAUGCAUUUGGUGCCAUCGUUUCUUCUUCCUUUGGUCGUGCGCUACCUCACCGACGCCAACAAUCAGGUGCGAAAAACAGCCCAGGCGGCACUUUUGGUGCUUCUGGAACAAGAAUUGGUGGCCCACAACGAUGUCGAAGAUCAAGUUUGCCCGCUGCUGUUGAUGCUGACCAAUUCGGACGCCCACGAUGAUUUCCGGACAGAAGCCGCAGCUUUGAUGUGCCGCAUGGCACCGUUGCUCGGCGGGGAUCUGUCGCGUCGAGUGUUCCUCGAAAGAUUUGCCGCUUUGUCGGCAGACGGCCUUUUCCACGUCCGCAAAAUCUGUGCCGCCAAUUUUGGAGAGUUUUGUGCUGUCAUCGGUCAAGAGGUCACCGAGUCCAUUCUGCUGGACAAGUUUUAUGCCCUUUGCCAAGACGAGCUGUGGGGUGUUCGCAAAGCGUGUGCCGAAGUGUUCAUGAGCCUUUCACGCGUCGUUUCGGCUACCAAGAGACGCAAUGAUUUGGGUAGCCUUUUUGUCAACUUGCUCCAGGAUGAAUCGCGAUGGGUUCGAAUGGCGGCCUUCCAGGCUCUUGGUCCUUUUAUUUCGACAUUUUCACGCACGGAACCUGAAAACGAAUCGACACAAUCGCCGUCAGCGACGCCAGUUGAAUCAACCGAAUCGGUGGAAUCGUCGAUGGAACAAUCGGAUUUUAACUCAUUUUAUUUCUGGAGAGAUCCUCUACCGCAAUUGAAUUUGAUGCCCACCAGCGAAACGAAUGUAGAUCGGCAGCCCGAAGAGAACAAGGAAUCCGUCUCGGAUAGCGUCGAAAAAGCCCUAGAAGAUUUGAUGGCUCGCGUUGAACUUGGACGUGGUGGUAGUAGCGAGGCUCAACCGGCAUCCGCUCCAUCCAACGAACUCGUUCCAGAACCCGUUCACGCCUUUGACUUGCGGAGAGUAGCCUGUCAGGAAUUGUUGGGAGGUCCUGUUGCCAGUAGCAAAGAAAAUGUUGGCACCACAUCAUCCACGCCGAACGAUUUAUCAGGCGAUUCUAAACCUACCGGUGAUGUCCAACCGAUAUUACUCUCUUCUAGUAUUACUACCUCUUUGGCGACAGUCAUGUCGUCUUCUUCGCCUGCUUUUCAACCCAAUCUGUUACCGCCCGCCUACGUCAAGAGCAACAGCAGCAAUGAGUUACCCACUACCGUCUAUUCGAAUUCGUUUUGCCCGUACUAUUCACCCCGACGGCGUUCCGAUGGGGGCAGCAUGAGCGGCGGUGUCGUCCUGGACACGUCCCGCUCUCGUCCCUACAGUCCGUACGGAUCAUCAUCGAUGCGUUCUUCAAUAUCCCUGAGUCAAUCGGUUGUGCCCCAAAGUCUGAUGGACUACUACCUGCAGAUGACCGAUCCCUAUUAUGUCGAAACGGUGGAUGCUGAGAUUACCCGCCAUUGCGCCUACAGUUUGCCGGCCGUCGUUUGCACGUUGGGCAAAGAACAUUGGCCUCUGUUGCGCGACCUCUACACAACGCUGGCCUCGGAUAUGCAAUGGAAGGUGAGGAGAACUUUAGCUUCGAGCAUCCACGAGAUCGGCGCCAUUUUAGGCCAAGAGGUGGUGACGCAAGACUUAUUGCCCGUCUUUGAUGGUUUCAUCAAAGAUUUGGACGAGGUGCGCAUCGGAGUUUUGAAGCACUUGAGCGAUUUUCUUCGCCUGCUGGCCGAAAAAGAACGUCGUAGCUAUUUGCCCCGUUUAGCCGAAUUUCUGAAGCUCGAUAACGAACAGAACUGGCGCUUCCGUCAAGAAUUAGCCAUGCAACUGCAGUCGGUAGUGGGUCUCUUUUCGCCCGCCGACAGCGCUCAAUCUAUCUUGCCCCUUGCGUUGACCCUAGCGUCAGAUCGAGUAGCUGCUGUCCGUCUUCCUGCCUUCACACUAGUUAGUCAAAUAAUGAAGCAGGUGUCUGAAAGCAGCUGGUCUAAGGAUGCUGAAUCGAUGCUGACUCCGCUUCUUGCCGAUUUAACGACCCGUUUCUGUUCCGGCAAUCGCUGGAUGCUGAGGCAGAGCUAUGUCAACAUUUGCAACCAGCUGGUGACGGACCGCGCUUUACCGCUAGAAGAAUUCGGUAAACUGCUUCUCGCACCUUUGCUGGCGCUCAAACGAGACCGAGUGCCCAAUGUCCGGCUCGUCUUAGCCAGAGUCAUCAAUUUCCAGCUCAAAUACCACGAGUUUUUUUCUGGAUCGGAUAGUCCGUACCGGGAGUCACUGGAUGAGACGCUCAACCAAUUAUCGGCCGAUGAGGAUCGUGAUGUCUCUUAUUACGCCACGUGUUCCACAGUCAAACGGGAUCAGACGCAAAUCACUUUGGAUCCGCUUCCUCCGACAGGGGAAAACGCUGCGUGAUAGCCAAAUAAAAAAAAAAAAAGAAUAAAAAUUCAAAAAUUGUACACAUUCACACACUUAUUCUUUUGCAUGAUGCCAACACACAACGAAAACUUGUACUCCCUCUCUGUGUUUUCUUCUCUCCCCUUACUUUUUUUUCUUCACAUUUUUUCCCCCCUUCUAUCUCUUCAAACAUCUUUGAUCUCUUCGUUUUUAAAACAGAAAACAUCCAACAACAAAAGAAGGAGGAGCGUGUGUAAACCAGAGCCAAAGUGUGUGCGUGUGUGGUGCCUUGUACAAACAAGACUAUACCUGUGUGUGUGUGUGUGUUGUUGUUGCUAGUAAACUAGAUGAAAAUCACGAUCACGCAAUUGGUGCAGGCAAGAACGCAUUCGCCUCGAUUUCAAACAUAACAGAAACAAAAAAUCAUAAUUUUUCAUGUUUUCUCCUCUCCCUUUUUUUAAAGAAAAUUUUCUCGCUUGUCUACUUAUUUUGCAAGCACGAAUGUGUUGUGGGGGAGGGGAAUUGUACAAGUUUGUCCGCUAUGCCCUUACUGUGAUGUGGUGGUUAUCACCACCUAACCUGAUUGGUAGACGGAAAAAAAAUACAUCAAAAACAAUUUUU